CUCGCCCUCCGGACGGGGCUGUGAUUUCGAGCACUGCUCGCCCGUCGUCUUUUUUUCCAAACACGUGCAGCACCGUUUCGACUCGUGAUUAUUCGGACAACUAUUUGCAGAGGUAUUCAAGUGGAUUAAUCAGAAGAUUCUCGAUAUUGCCAGAGCUACAAUGGCGUUUCAUCUACUACUGCUCAUGUUUGUGAUGCCAGUCCCUGCCCUGAGUGAAGAUGGCGCCAAGCUGUGUGGCCUGAAUGGCUGCCAGGCUAUAGAACUGGCCAAGAGACACACGGAAAUGAUGAUGGCGAAGCUGAUGCAUACAAUCAAGCCUGAAGCUUUAGAAGAGGUUUUCGAGAACAUGAAAAAGCUGGAACAACUUGUCCGUAAUGUUGAAGAUCUUGAGAGAGAUGUGAGGAGCCUGUUCCAGCCAGUAUGGCCCGUGAACUACAGCCCGCAGCGCUGGUCCAUGUGCGCUGAAGGCCCCUGUUCUUGCAUGAUGGAAACGCGCGCCGUGUCAUGUUGGCGUCUCGAGCUGAUGUACCAUGUUCCAAGGAAGCAGCAGAUACCCGUGGACACGAGAAGUUUAGAUUUGGGAAUGAAUCGCCUCAGAUUCCUCCACAAGGAUUCUUUCAACAGCCUAACCGAACUGGCCGAAUUAGACCUGAAUGAUAACCAACUGGAACUGCUUCCAUACAGCAUCUUUUACGACCUUGAAAACUUAAGACAUCUGAAGCUCCAUAAAAACAGACUGUUAUACCUGCCUCAAGACAUAUUCCAGGAUGCUCGAUCUUUACGAACCAUAAACGGAGUAGGAGUGAGGUCUAUUGAAGAAACUCCUCCUCCCAAAGUCUUCACCUGGGACCCCCCUACACGGAAGCCGCCUUGCCGCGGUGGGGGGGCAGAGGUCCCUUUUCUCAGUGAUCUGGAGAACUUCCCAACGUGGUCUUGCCGGUGCGUGGCCAUCCCGUAUUACCAGGAAGACAGGAGUCCUGGAGGGUAA